GAUUAACUAUUUUUUGUUUGAAAACUCUUUCGAAGAUUUCGUUAGAAUAUUAUUACUAGCAAAAGAUUUUGUAUUUUUUCAUGAUGAAACAAUGGAUGUUACAACUCCAACUCCUCAAGACCUCCAAAGGAAAUUGUAUUUUUUAGUGGAGCAACUUCAACACAUGGCUGGUGAACUUCCUGCAAAGUAUCAAAUGCGCCUUCCUUAUGAAUUGUUAUCUGGUUUAGCUAAUUCUCUAUUAAAUGACACAAUAUUUGAAAUAGUUAAGGGGUUAAUGGAGAUACAGCAUGUUACAGAGAAACAUCUUUUUCAACAACGUCUUCAGUUAUUAAAUCAACAAAAAAUUGAAAUGCAAGAAUCAUUAUCAUCAGCAACUGCAGAUGAAGCUAGAGCAGCAAUGAAAAUAACAUUAUAUAAAAAGCACAAAGAAGAACUUAAGGAAAUGGAUAUGAAAUUAGUUUUACAAUUAGAUCAAAAAGUAGCUGAUCAACAAAGCAUUUUAGAAAAGGCUGGUGUACCUGGUUUUUAUGUUACAAACAAUCCAAUAGAAAUUCAAGUGCAAAUGAGACUUUGUGAUUUUAUAAUUAGAUUAAGUAAAAUGGAAGUUCCAAGUUAA